UAUCCAUCGAUCGUGACAGUUAUACAGGCUAAAGCCGCUUCUGCCUUUUUCGUCGAUUAUGGACGCGAAAUGUCAAUUACCCGUGAGAUCAGGAAAAUUUUAUUUGCCGUGGAACUCAACACAAAACUAGGUUUCACCAUGCUCAGCGACAAAUGGGAACAGCCCCCCUAUUUACCUCAAAGAGUUCGGGACGCCACACAAUGAAACGGAUGGCACCCUUACACACCUCUGUACCAAGUUUCUGAACAGAUCCAGCGCGAUCAGCCAACCCAACAUUGAUGUGAUGUUCGAAAGGAUAUGUGAAGACGGUCUUUACGACCGAGAUCAGCGUCGAUGGACGGAUCGCAGCCACUAUUCCGAUGCUCUACUAUUCCUGAACUGCCUGACAGAACGGUCAUAUGCAGCACUUUCCACAAUGCCAGCUUCCGAGACGAAGCUCCCAAAGCGCCGCAUUUGGGUCAUGCAUCCGACUGAAUCAUCAGUGAAAAUCUCCGAGCAUCAGGUAUUACUUCUCGUGAAUCAUGACUCUCAUGGUGUAUCGGCCAUGGAUGAGGUGCACGCAAUCGCAGAGCUUAUAUCUGAUCAUGACGCCCCACAUGAUCAAAGUGCUCUUCCAUCGACCGCCAGUACCUCUCUCUCCCGAUAUGAUCGCCCUUUUCUGUUUGGUCUAUCGAUCCAGAAAUCAAACACUGUGCACCUAGUCAAGUAUGAUCGAUACGGUUUUAUGACCACCCCAUUUCACAUCCAUCGCCAUCCAUGGGCAGUCCUUGGCUGCAUCGACACAUUGGCUACGUCUGAUAGCUAUCAUCUAGGGUGUUAUCACAGCGUUGAGUCUGCUCCGAUUCAACCAGACAAUGUAUCCUCCCGAUCCAUCAAGACGACUUAUUAUCAGAAAGCUACCCAUUUGCGGCAGAGCGCAGGUCACCACACGCGCGUCAGACUAACAAGACCACCGGUCUUCGGGUCCUUCGACGGAUCGUUGUUCCCUUGUAAUUGCCCCUUCCAAUGGAAAUUUAUCUCAGAUUGCGGUGCCGCUCCUCAGGACCAUGCACAGUUUUUGGAUGAACUGAAAAAUCUCGAGGGGGUACCAAAAAUGGGGGGACAUCGAUCUAUGACGGUUGACUGUACGAUCACCCACGAGAAGAGACUUUUUGGUCCACGGCAUCUGAUGGUUGAGAGCGUCGUCCAAACCGUAGAGCAUCUCAUCGACAUCACCUACUUUUCAUCCCGCAAGGAGUUUUUCUCGGCGAUAAUAUCAUGCAUAGAAACCCACCGUACUGCGUAUUUCUCGCACAAGCUGCUUCACAAUGACAUCAAUCCGCACUCCAUCUGUCUGAACGUGAAUGAUCCAAGUGACGAGAAUGUCAUACCAUUUUGGAAUUCCGAUGGAACACCUCCCAUACGGCAAGCGAUGCUCCGUGGGUGGAGAUUCGCAAAACACAUGGACAAUCCUGGAAACCAGAUGAUCAGUCUUCACAGACUCUCGGAAUACUUAGCAACAGAAGUAUUGUGGCACAAGAAUUGUUCGCCACGACGAAGACACGAUCUGGAAUCAUUCCUCUGGGUCAUGCUUUUCAUUUGCAUCAAUUUUAUCGGACCUUAUAGCCAAAGACGCACGAGACUACCCAGCCGGGUACCCAAGUGGUUGCAGCCAGAUCUAAUGCCUUCGUAUCGGCUAGACAUAUCUCAGGAGAGAUUCCAGGUGAAGGACUGGACUUUCACCUGCAGAGCGUGCUUUUCAAAUUACUUCAAUCAUCCGCCUAUUGUGACAGGUCUUGCACAUCUCGCCUCAAAGCUAUCGCCUCCAGGCUCCAUGAAAAUUAAAUCCAAUGGUAGCAAGUCUGUCACUUUCCCGGAAAAUCCUGUCACGCAUGAUGACAUGAUUUUGGUGCUGAGAAAUAUUAUAGCAGAGCUCCCAGUAGAACAACCACCACCGGAGGAUGAUAUCCGAAAAGCAAGGGAAAUAUAUAGAAGUAUAGAGAGUUCAGUAUCUUAUCGGGCUCCAAAUACCUACAACUGAUCGCUAUCGCCAACCAUAUAGAUGAUGGGAUAUUCAAUGGGCAUGAUCCAUAUUCCUCCGUGAUAUCAGUACAAGUUUAAUCAACAUUUGGAAGGUGUCCGGUCUUCUCGACGUUCAAAAGGAUUUCUUUCAACAUCUCAUGACAAAUGGUGGCUUUGAGGAAAAGAUCACAUUGA